AAAGGAAGGCAUGUGUUGAUCUGGAAUCUUAGGAACACUAGUCAGCCUUUAUGGCGAAGGGAGUCGACUCUGAAAUACCAAACUGUUCAAUUAGGUGCUUUCCUAAUGGCCAAGGCUAUGUUUUGAGUUCGAUUGAAGGUCGUGUCGCAGUCGAAUUCUUUGAUCCCAGUCCGGACGCCCAGAAAACCAAAUAUGCAUUCAAAUGUCACAGAAUCAAGGAGAACGGCAAGGAGACCAUUUACCCUGUCACAGCCAUUUCAUUCCACUUGAUUCAUAACACGUUUGCUACUGGAGGGUGUGAUGGUUUUGUCAAUGUGUGGGAUGCAUUCAACAGAAAAAGAUUAGCUCAGUUUCAUCGUUACCCAACAACAAUCGCUUCUCUCUCAUUCAAUUGUGAUGGCUCAUUACUGGCCAUAGCAUCAUCCUACAUGCUAGAAGGAGAGAAAGAGAGUCCUCCAAGAGACACUAUUAUUAUUCGUCAUGUGACCGACAUGGAGACGAAGCCUAAGUGAAAGGAAUUGUUGUACAUUUUAGUGACAAGUGAGAGACAGUGUGGUACUAGCUGGAACUGUUGUAGUAAUGUCAUCAAAC